GGAAGCUCCAUGUCGCUGUACGGAAUGAUCCAGAUGGGAAGUUCUCUGUCCGUGUUGGAUAGCGUUUCCCUCGGUUCGGGUCUGUCCCUGCGCAACUUCGCGCGGUUCGGCUCCGCGCUGUCCGUGUUCAGCCGGGUCAGAAUCGGUUCCACCGCCAGCAUGUGCGACUACACGAUUCUGGGGAGCUGCAUUUCCGUGCGCAGCUUCGCGCGCUACGGGUCCGGUUGCAGUCUGUACGGCGUGACGUUGCUCGGAUCCGCUCUAUCCGUCCUGGAUUUCGUGACCAUGGGUAGCAGCUGCUCGCUGCGUAGCUUCUGCAAGAUCGGGUCCAGCAUGUCGCUCUACGGUACGAUCCGGCUCGGGUCCUCCGCGUCUCUGCUGGACUACUUCAACCUCGGGUCCAGCUGCUCGGUGCGAAACUUCCAGCGUGUUGGUUCCGCGCUGUCCGUGCUCGGUCAGGCUAGAUUGGGAUCCAGUCUCUCCGUCCUCGACUACCUGGCGCUCGGCUCUGCGUGCAGUCUCCGGGCGUACAGCCGUCUCUCCUCCACCGCGUCGGUGUUGGAUUGCGUGUACUUCGGUAGCUCGCUUUCCAUCCGGUCCACGGUGA